AUGUCGGCUGCCGUUUUUCGCAGUGGGACACCGUCACUAAGCAUACAACAAACACAGAACACCGCUUUGAUACUCGAGUUCAACUGCCUAUGGACGAACGAUAUCCGGCGGAAGCAGAAACGGUGGCAAGAUGGUUUCCUACGUUACCACACCUUCAACAAGCGUGUUAUGGUGUACGACGACUCCCGCAACUUCGUUGGCGACGCUCACUGGAAGUCGAGCGACGUACUGCAGGAUGGGGAUAAAGUCCGGCUGGAGAAGGGCGGGGUUCUUGUGCAGGUUGCAGAGAGUACUGGAACGACUGAGACCGAUCUCACGGAGCUGCGGCAGAGCAAGAAGAAAGCGCCUGGAGAGAAUGGCUCAUCACCUGCCGCUCCACGCUCGAUGAUGCCAGCACCGAGACCUCCCGGCUCUGUGAUGCGGCCAACGACCCAGUCGAAGCAUCGCUCCCUCAAUGCACUGCUCGGGACGCCGAAGGCACCGCUUGGGAAGGCUGCUAUGCCAAUACGGUCUCCAUUUGAGGAGAGGCAUGCUGGGGCAGAGAACGAGGAAUGGGAAGGUGGACGUCCGCAGAAACGUCAGCGAAUGCAGCCACCGCAACCUUGGACCAUCGCAAGAACUACCAAGCCCACCAAGGCGAAGGAAGCGCCGUUAUGGGCUCGUACCGCAGACUCAGCCGCAACUCGUCAGAGGCAUAUCCCAGCGCCUAUGGGGCAGCAGCGGUUAGUUACAAAGGAAGUUAUCGAUCUUUCUGAAGAUCCUGUCGAACCACAGCCGAACAAAUUUCUUGAUGGAUUCUCAAGCGAUGCGCUGGUGCCACCUUCUUCGCCUCACGAGCCUGUGGCUAGAAAUGAGAAGCCAGCGACUCGGUCAAGCUCGACGGCUUUCCAGAUGCAAGGUCCCAACCGUGUUAAGGAGAGUAGCAGACGAGUUGAGGCCAUCUCAGAAAAUGACGCUACUCCUGCACGCGUGAGGCCUCCGUUGGCUCCAAAACCAAGAGUGAGUGACGGCGCCGACACUGACGGCAGCCAGCUCGUGGGUAGAGCUCCAGUACCAUCUCCAGAACGACCCCGGCGGGUGAGAACAGAGUCAAUUCUAGCUGACGACGAGACAAUGCGAUCACCAAGCAGGAAUACCAGUAGGACGCUGAGAAUGGCGGCGGGUGCACCAAAGAAGAGAACUCUGCUAUGUCAAGACCAAGUGUCUCAAAAGACAUCACGGACGCACUCUGCCAGCACCGAGGCCGCCAUCGGCACGUUGCUGGAUGCCACUUCCGAAGGCUCAGUACCCCGUAAUGCAAAAUCGAACAGUCAAUGGAGCAAGCUUGAUGCAAGACUGGCCAGGAUCGCAGAGAAGGAGCGGCGAGAUAGUGAACGCGGUCAAGCAAAGGAUCAUGCUAUGCUCGACAUACACGCCAAAGGAGAUCUCGACCCUCAGGGUGCCAUCGACACGAUCAAGCAGCCACAAGUAGCCGCAGCUCAAGCUCCGCUUACUCUGGCGCAACUCGAUUCGGCCAUGCUGCCAACCCCCACUCGACUCUCGCGGAAACCGCCAGCUCCCGACCGGCCUCCAUCAAGCGAGCCACGCCAGCUCCGAAGUGUCGUCUCAGAGUCCAACACAUGCACCACCUCGGACGAACCAAAGCGCGCCGCAGGUACCCCAGUCCGUCUCACACCCAUCCCAUCGCGGAGACCCUCAGUAACCGGCCCUCCUCAUGCUCCUGAGGUUGAAAAGCGUCCAGUAUCCGCCGACCAGAAAACAGCCCCCCCGUCGAAAUGGAAGUCGAAGAAGCCGUUCCAGCGCGCUGUUAGUCUCAACGUCGCUUCAAACGGCACUUCGACUGUCAUCCUGAGCAAACCAUUCAAGACGCCCAACGCUCCGGACACGACACCGCCUCCACCGCCUCGGGAGCCGGAACCGUGGAGUAGAGAGGCGUUUGAUCUAUUCGAGUGGCGGCCGCCGGGUUGGAAUGAGGAGGGCUGGUGUGUGAAGGCGGAAGGGUAG